GGUCGUGGUUUUUGGUGGUGGACAGAGAAAUAGUGAGGAAGGUCGGUUUUAAGGAGAGAGAAAGUGUGGCAGUGGCAGGAAGUGGGAGUGGAAGAGUUAACGAGAGUGGAGCGAAUAUAAGGAAAUAUGGAAAGGUCCGGGAGCGAAAGAAAAUUAGUGGAAAAGAGGCACUUUGGAGGUUAGAAGCAUGAGGCGACGAAGCGGUGGGAAAGGGGGGAGGAAGGGAACAGUUAAGGAGGAACGGAGUGGACUAUGAGAUGAAGUGCGGUAAAGUUAGAUAGGCUGGUAGAUGGCGGGAAAUAAGGGAACAGGAGAGACACGCGGCGAGAACAAACAAGUAGGGGAAUGCAGAGGAGAGCAAGAGACAGCGGAGAAAGAAAGAGAAGAGGAUAACAACAGAGAGGAUGGAACUACAAUUUGGAAAGCUAAACCCAGUAACGCCAGUAUUUCAGCAACACCUAUAGUUCAUGAAACAGCAAAUUCUGUACUCUUGGGAACUUUGGAUGGUACAUGUGUGUCGCUGAAUCAAACCACAGGAAAGAUUCUAUGGAUACGUCACCUCAAACAUCCAAUUUUUUCAGCCCCCGUGAUAUCUCAUAAUCAAUCUAUAAUAUUCUGUGAUGUUUCGGGAGUUGUAGCUGCGUUUGAUCUUAAAGAUGGAAAACAGAUCUGGAAAAUGGACAUAGGAGGAAAUGUAUUUUCUCAUCUUGUGAUACAAAAAGAUCGAGCAACAGCAAUGGAGAACUUGAUUAUACCCAGCAGAAAUAGAAACUUGUAUAUCUUUCGAAUUGAAUCUCAUACUACGCAACCGAAAUUGCGAAAUCAAAUAGAAUUUUCAUCGCCCAUUAUUGCAACUCCAUGGGUAGAUGAUAAUUUCAUUAUAAUCGCAUUAGUGAAAGGUGAAUUAAUGAUCAUAAACUCAGUAAGUUCUGGCGUCGAUACGAUGUAUAAAUUCCAAGAUGAAGUUUAUUCGUCUCCAGUCGUUCAUGAGGAUUUCCUUGCCAUUGGCUGUCGUGACAAUAAUUUGUAUAUUCUGUUACGUGAAUAAAUAUGACUUCGUAUAAUCAAAAACAUGAAA